GAAGGUGAAUGGAAGAUGCCACGUUCCUUUUUGGUGAAGAGCAAAAAGGCUCACACCUAUCACCAGCCCCGCUGUGUGGAAGAUGACCUGCCAGUCCUCCCCUGGGGUCCAGUGCCCUCUGCCUUCACUGCCACAGGAGACAGGACACCAGAGGACAUCCAGAAACAGGACCUGGGAUGUGUGGUUCCAAAACAAGAGAAGGACCCACCUGAACUGAGGGAAGAGAGUGUCCCUGUCCAGUACCUGAGCAGGAUGCUGCCAGGCCCUUCAGCUCAAGAGAUGGCCAUGCCAGGGCUGCAGAUCAAGGACUGCACUAACACAGCGAGCACCCCAGCCUUUUACAAAGCUGGCUUUUCCUGGGAUGCUUUCCACAUGCCAUACAGCUACCAGCAGAUGUCUUCCAGCAUGCAGUCAGCCCUGCUGGAGCACCCUGUGAGCCUCUAUGGGAGCCACCUCCUGCCCAGCACCGAGCCCCCCCUGGAUUACAGCCUGCAUUAUUCCUCAGACAUGGAGACCUUCCACUGUGUCAAGUGCAACAAGGUGUUCUCCACUCCCCAUGGCCUGGAGGUCCAUGUCCGAAGGUCUCACAGCGGGACCCGUCCCUUUGCCUGUGAAGUGUGUGGCAAAACCUUUGGGCACGCUGUGAGCCUGGAGCAGCACACCAACAUCCACUCCCAGGAAAGAAGCUUUGAGUGCAAGAUGUGUGGGAAGACAUUCAAACGUUCCUCCACCCUCUCCACUCACCUGCUGAUCCACUCGGACACGCGGCCCUACCCCUGCCAGUACUGCGGGAAGCGCUUCCACCAGAAGUCAGACAUGAAGAAGCACACCUACAUCCACACAGGGGAGAAGCCCCACAAAUGCCAGGUGUGUGGCAAAGCCUUCAGCCAGAGCUCCAACCUGAUCACCCACAGCCGCAAGCACACGGGCUUCAAACCCUUCAGCUGCGAGCUCUGCGCCAAGGGCUUCCAGCGCAAGGUGGAUCUGCGCAGGCACCGCGAGACCCAGCACAGCCUCAAGUGA